CCCUGAGCCCCCACCCUCUGCCCUGAGCCCCUCCCACAACCCCCUGCCCUGAUCCUCUGCACCCUCACACAUUCCAGCAGGAAGGAACUGGCAUUCAUUACAAACCCCGAGUUCUUGCUUUAAUUACCGAUAUUUUACAGCACAAGUCCCCUUCGGCUUUCAGUUUUCACGUCUUGUCAGGUGGACUGUGCUCAUGUCUGGUCUGAUGUGAUGUAGGGGUGGGUUGCAGUCGGAGUAUCUGUAAGAAAUUUAAGUUAGAGUCACCCCUGCUGCCUGGGGUGAGCAUGUGGCGAGUGGCUUAUUUCAUGGAGUCUACUAAUAAUAUCUCACUCUGAAAGUGUUUCACCUCCAUAGAUCCCAAGAUGCCUUGCAAAGCUGUGUGUGGUUGACUCUCCCCAUUUUGCAGAAGGGGAAGAGGAAGGUUGGUGAUAAGUGACUUACUCAAGCCCAUGCAGUGAGUCAGUGGCAGAGUCAAUGCUAGGUUGCCAGGAUCCCCAGCUUCAUGCUCAGUCUCCCAGAUUGCAAGGGUCCCAAGAGGGCUCCAUUGGGGUUGCAUUCGCCUGCUUGCUAGCGAGGACACAUUGUGUGGUAGUGAAAGGUCCGUAUUGCUAGCUCCCAGCAGCGCUCCUGUUCCCGGACACCUGGAGCACUUUUGCAGAGGUGUUUCUCGGGCAGGGUGUUAGCUCUGGGACGUGCCCCCGCAAGGGCCUGGAGAGACAUUUGGGUAUCCAGAGGAGUUGCACAGCUGGUGGCACAGCAGCUCUGGCCUCUGGGCACAGCUCUCAUGCAAAUGCCGAGCAUGGGUACCAGCAGCACCAGGGCGGGGAGUGGCAGCAAGGCUGUAGAGGGAGGGGCAUUGGGAACCGAGGCCUGGGAAGAGGGGUUAGCAGGACGCUCUCAGCAAGGGGAGAACGAUGUGGGAGGUGUUUGGCUGGCGCUGGGGCCUGAGACUGGAGGAGAGGGUUUGAAGAUGCUGCUGCGUUCCUAGGGGAUCCUCACCCUCUCUACACAGCAUUCAAGACCAGCCCUGCAGCCUGGCUUUCUCCCCCAGCGAGCUGCGGGUCUGACUGGUGGGCAGGGCCCGGUGAUUCACUGUCCAGUGGAAGCAUUUUGACCAUAGAAAAGUGACCCUGGUUCUCUCUUCCAGUCUGUGCCUUUUGUCACAAAGCCCUUGGCCCUCAGACUGUGGCCAUCGAAGCCAUGAACAAGCAGUACCACGUGGACUGCUUCAGGUGCCGGACAUGCCACGGCCAGCUGGCAGGGCAGCACUACUACCAGAAGGAGGGUCGGCCAAUGUGCAACGCCUGCUACAAGGACACGCUGGAGAAAUGUGCCAAGUGCCAGGCUGUGAUCCUCGACCACAUCGUCCGGGCCUUGGGGAACGGGUACCACCCGGAGUGCUUCACGUGCUCCGUGUGCUGCCGGAGCAUCGGGGAUGGGAGCUUUGCGCUGGACGAUCAGAACGAGGUGCACUGCGUGGACGACUUCUACAGGUGCGAGAUGUUCCGUUGGAGCCAGUGUUCCCUCUAAGAUUUGCCAUCCAGG